GUCCCAGUGUGUAACUAAACCGGCAGUGCUCUGUCAGAAUUCGGACGACCUAUUUCAUUUCAGUUUCUUCCAGUGGUUAUUUUAAAGAAAAAGUCUAUGGUGCUUACAGAAUAUUCUAAAGACAGGAUAAUAAAUCUUUAAAUGAUUUUUGGCAUGCAUUAAUGUAAAUUGCAUAGGAAGUUUUUGGUGAACGUACUAUAUAAAAUAAAACAAAAAUUCUUUUUUUGGAAAGUCAUACUUUUGUUCCAGUUUUCCAAACUUUUUACUGACUAAAAUUAAAAAAAACUUUACUCGAAAAUUUUUUGAAAAAACUUAAUUUAAAUUAAAUUUGUGAAUUAUAUAUAACACUUCUCUAACAAUGUGGUUUUCAGUCAAUAUGUUAAUAAUUUUUGCCUUUGGAAUUGCUAGCACAGCUGCUGCAGUCACAGAUUACAAUGAGCUUAUUGCUGUGAUUGAUGCUGAACUCACUAUUCCGUGUAAUGUGACUGCAUCUUUUCCAGAUGAUCAAGUAACCCUGAUACUUUGGUACAAGGGUGAUUCUGGCAAUCCUAUUUACAGUGUUGAUACGCGUCAAGUAGAUGGCGUGUCUUUGAAGAAGUUAUCACAUAAACAAUUAGAAAAUCGUGUCACCUUUAGCAUAAACUAUACUCAAGCAUCCUUAAGUGUAAAGCCGGUGAAAGAAACUGAUGCUGGUGAAUACAAAUGCCGAGUAGACUUCAAAAGGUCUAGAACGUUGAGCUCUGUAAUGAAAAUUAUAGUCAUAGUGCCUCCAAAAAACUUAACUAUCAAAGAUGGUAAGAACAACACAGUAUCUGGAGUCAUUGGACCUUAUGAAGAAGGUGCUACUAUUAGUUUAGUGUGCGAAGCUACAGGAGGUCGUCCAACACCAGCCUUAACGUGGUGGAAAGGAUCAACACUUUUGGAUGAUUCUUAUGUAACAUUAGGGAGAGGAUAUGUAAAAAAUGAGCUUGUAUUGAAAAAAUUACAAAGAGAUGAUCUUUUAGCCACAUUGACUUGCCAAGCGUCGAAUACGAAUCUCACUGUUCCAUCAUCAAUUUCAGUUACUAUUGAUUUAAGCUUAUCACCACAAGAAGUUCAUAUUUUAACACCUCGAAGACCUUUAUCGUCUGGAGAAAUUUUAGAAGUCGUCUGCCAGACUUUUGGAUCUAGACCACCUGCGAGGUUAACCUGGUGGAUAGGAAAGAAUCCUUUGAAUGAAAAAUCGAAAGAAAUCGUAUCUGGAGAUGGAAAUUCUACCCUCAGUCGCAUACAAUUCCGUCCGAAUCGAGAAGAACAUGGAAAAUUCUUAACGUGCAAGGCUCAUAAUCCGGAAACACCAGAAAGUGCCUUAGAGGAUCGAUGGGAUUUAAAUGUUCAUUUUGCACCUCAACUGUCUUUAGCUCUCGGUGCAAGCCAGUUGUAUGAAUACAUCAGAGAAGGCAGUGAUGUAUAUUUUGAUUGUAACAUACAAGCUAAUCCUCCUGUUACUAGUGUUUCUUGGACUCUUAACACAAUGUCUCUCGAGAAUCAGCCUGCUGUUGGGAUAAUCGUUAGAAAUCAUUCCUUGCUUUUGCAAAAUGUAGGAAAGAGGCACCGUGGCAAAUAUAGAUGCUAUGCAUCAAAUGCUGAAGGUGAUGGUGUCAGUGAAGAAGCGUUGCUAAUUAUACAAUUCUCACCAGUAUGCAUAUCAAAUUUAAAGCGAACUUAUGCUGUUGGUAAAUAUGAAGAAGUCAACGUCACGUGUGAAGUAGAAGCUGAUCCCGAAGACGUAGAAUUUAGAUGGAUAUUCAAUAACACAUCUGAAAUGACUGAUGUGCUGUCUUACACAUCCGAAUCUACUCGUAGCAUCGCUUCUUACACACCCAAAUCACGAAUGGAAUAUGGUACACUCAGUUGCUGGGCGAAAAACAGUGUUGGAAAACAAAGGCAUCCUUGCGUGUUUCUAAUCAUGCCCUUAGGAGAUGAAACAGCAAUUACAAUUAGUACGAUUUUAGCUGUCCUCAUUGGUGUCGUUGCUGCCCUUGUAGUUAUUGCCAUUAUCAUCAUUUUAGUUUUAAAAUCACGAAAUGGAAGUGAUAGCUCAGCGGAUGGAGGAAGUCCAAAGAAAGCGCAAACUCCAACACUGAAGCAUUUAGAAGAUGACAGCCCAGAUGUGAUACCAUCAAAGCCAUUUUGCACUGAUUAUUCAAGUAAAGCUGCGCAUGCGAGCUCUGACGUAAUUUAUAAGAAUAUUUCUGGUGAAGAUCACAAGUACACAAGCAUAAUGAAUAGUGUCCAUUUAAACCAUUACGAUGGCAUUACAUACGCUGAAUUAGCUCUCCCAGAGAAUCAGCAGUCAUUUGUAAGGCGUCAUCUGGAUCCACCGACACAGUACGCAGAUAUAGAUUUUCAUACCAGUAGGGGAACUUUUCCAGGCACGACAGUUAUUGGAAAUGAAGGAGAUUCCAGUUGUAAUCCACUUGUUUUACCCCCACACCCACUUUCCAUGGUUCACAAGAUAGGCGAUUAAAUGCUUCCAUGUGAGAUAAUUCGGUUUGGUUUGAAAGUGCAGGGUCCGGCAGUUUUGUAAAGAAGAUUGAUAUACUUGAUCGCAAAGACAUAAAAAGGCAGGCAUUUUAUUGUUCUAGUACAGGGACGUUUUCGUUUAAAGACGAAAGGUUGGAUAGAACAACUGUAACUGCAAGAUGAUGAGUAAUUUGUAAAGAACUCUGAAUUGUAUUGGAAAACUAAGAAAGUUGGGAAUUAAUCUGCAAAUGUAUUAAAUAUUUGUGUGAUAUGUUACUUUCAUAAAUUUUUCUCACUGUUAUACUAAUCUGUAAAGAUCACAUCUAAGUAAAUAUACCAAGUGUAUACAUUUGAAUUGCGACGACACUGUUAACAAAUUUCACUUUCUUGUUAAGAUUUACAUUUUCGAUUGUUAUACUAUUGUUAUAAAUGGAAAUAAAUGUUUACUUUUA